GAUUUGGAAUUUGACUGACCAAUCGAUGUGCCACGGAUGAGCAGAGCAGUGUGGUUGUGGUUUCCUCUCCAGUCUCCAGUCCAUUUGCGGGGGCAAAAAAAUAGUCCAUCCGUAGAUCCGUCGUCCGUACACCGGCCGUCGUCCCCGAGGCGGGGAGAGUGACCUAGCUAGAUAGUAGUACUGGUGGUGGGCGCCGACGGCGGCGAGACCGAAGGCGGGAGAAGACGACAGUCGAGGGGACCUAGGCGCCCCGCCUUGGCCGCUUGCCCGCUGCCAGCGACGGAGCCACGACCGAUGCCGAUGGCCGCCGGAACUGGACCAGCGCCCCUCUCGAUCGCCGCCGCCCGCCACAUCCCCCCAUUUAUACGCCCGUCCCCGCCUCCGCCUCCUCCACCACCUGCUCCCCGUCUCCCUCCUCGCCCCCUUCCGGUCGCCGUCUCCGGUUGCAGCAGAGCAGCAGCAGCGAGCUGGUGGUACUGGUAGCUGACCGCCCGUCGCCAUGGACUCCAAGGAGGAGCACCCGCCCGCCGCCGAAGCCAAUGGCCUCUCCGACCUCAACAAGGAGACCGUCGAUCUGGAGCACAUCCCCGUUGAGGAGGUUUUCGAGCACCUCAGGUGCACCAAGGAGGGCCUCACCACCGAGGGCGCCCAGCAGAGGGUCGAAAUCUUCGGAUACAACAAGCUCGAAGAGAAAAAUGAGAGCAAGAUCCUCAAGUUCCUGGGCUUCAUGUGGAACCCGCUCUCCUGGGUCAUGGAGGCCGCCGCCAUCAUGGCGAUCGCCCUCGCGCACGGUGGAAAGGACCUCAGGGGAAACUCGAUGGGUAUAGACUUCCACGAUUUCGUCGGAAUCGUCAUUCUCUUGGUCGUCAACUCCACCAUCAGCUUCGUAGAGGAAAACAACGCCGGCAAUGCCGCUGCUGCGCUCAUGGCCCGCCUCGCACCAAAGGCUAAGGCUCUGCGUGAUGGCACCUGGAAUGAAUUAGACGCAUCGUUGUUGGUUCCGGGUGAUAUAAUCAGUAUUAAGCUUGGAGACAUCAUUCCUGCUGAUGCGCGUCUACUACAGGGCGAUCCUCUCAAAAUUGAUCAGUCUGCACUGACAGGAGAAUCACUACCCGUAACCAAGCAUCCUGGAGGUGGAGUUUACUCUGGUUCCACUUGUAAGCAGGGUGAAAUAGAAGCAGUUGUUAUUGCCACUGGGAUCCAUACUUUCUUUGGAAAAGCUGCUCACCUCGUUGAGUCAACCACCCAUGUCGGCCACUUUCAGAAGGUUCUCACAUCGAUCGGAAACUUCUGCAUUUGCUCCAUUGCAAUUGGGAUGACUAUCGAGUUAAUCGUCAUGGCGGCUGUUCAACACAGACCGUACCGCCAGACAGUUGAUAACCUUCUGGUGCUUCUGAUUGGAGGGAUUCCAAUUGCGAUGCCCACAGUUCUGUCUGUAACUAUGGCUAUUGGAUCACAUAAGCUUGCACAACAGGGUGCUAUUACCAAGAGAAUGACUGCAAUUGAAGAGAUGGCCGGAAUGGACGUGCUUUGCAGUGACAAAACAGGAACAUUGACACUCAACAAACUGACUGUAGACAACAAUAUAAUUGAGGUUUUUACUAGAGGUUACGAAAAGAGUGAUGUCGUGUUGAUGGCCGCAAGGGCCUCGAGACUGGAGAAUCAGGAUGCUAUUGAUUUCGCUAUUGUUGCCAUGCUUCCAGACCCAAAAGAGGCACGUGCUGGCAUCGAAGAAGUCCAUUUCCUUCCAUUUAACCCAACGGACAAGCGGACAGCUCUCACGUACUUGGAUGCUAAGGGUAAAAUGCACAGGGUUAGCAAAGGUGCUCCUGAACAGAUUCUGAACCUGGCAGCAAAUAAAUCUGAGAUCGAAAGGAAGGUCCAUCAAGUAAUUGACAAUUUUGCUGAGAGGGGGCUGCGGUCGCUUGCUGUUGCAUACCAGGAAGUUCCUGAAGGUACCAAGGAAAGUGCUGGUGGACCCUGGCAAUUUAUUGGUCUUCUCCCACUCUUUGAUCCUCCCCGCCAUGAUAGUGCUGAAACCAUACGCCGAGCUCUAGACCUUGGAGUCAGUGUGAAAAUGAUUACAGGUGAUCAGUUGGCUAUUGGUAAGGAAACUGGGCGGAGGCUAGGAAUGGGCACCAACAUGUAUCCAUCAUCAUCAUUGCUUGGUGACAAAAUAGAUAGUGAUAUCGCGGUCCUAUCAGUGGACGAACUGAUUGAGCAGGCAGAUGGUUUUGCUGGAGUUUUCCCUGAGCACAAAUAUGAAAUUGUCAAGAGGCUCCAAGCCAGAAAGCACAUAUGCGGGAUGACAGGAGAUGGAGUUAAUGAUGCACCUGCUCUGAAGGUAGCGGACAUUGGGAUUGCGGUGGCUGAUGCAACUGAUGCUGCUCGCGGGGCCUCUGAUAUUGUUCUGACAGAGCCUGGGUUGAGUGUGAUCAUCAGUGCUGUUUUAACAAGUCGCGCCAUUUUUCAGCGGAUGAAAAAUUAUACAAUAUACGCUGUAUCUAUAACCAUCCGUAUUGUGCUUGGUUUUUUGCUCUUGGCGUGCCUUUGGAAGUUUGACUUCCCUCCAAUGAUGGUUCUUCUGAUAGCCAUCCUUAAUGAUGGAACCAUUAUGACCAUAUCCAAAGAUAAGGUGAAGCCGUCUCCAUGUCCAGACAGUUGGAAGCUAGCAGAGAUCUUCGCAACAGGAGUGGUACUGGGGGCUUACUUGGCCGUAACAACCGUUCUGUUCUUUUGGGCGGCUUAUAAGACAGACUUUUUUCCGAGACACUUCCGUGUCCGCACGUUGAAUGUAAACAGUAUCGGUCACGACAUGGAGUCGAUCGCCAAGAAUACAGAGAUGCUGGCCUCGGCCGUGUACCUCCAAGUGAGCACCAUCAGCCAGGCCCUGAUAUUCGUGACGCGGUCGAGAGGCUGGUCCUUCACAGAGCGGCCUGGCUUCCUGCUUAUGUUUGCGUUCGUCUUGGCUCAGCUGAUUGCGUCCUUGCUGUCUGCAUUGGUGGACUGGGAGCUGGCCAGCAUCAGAGGCAUCGGGUGGGGCUGGACGGGCGUCAUCUGGCUGUACAACAUCCUCAUCUACAUGCUCCUGGACCCAAUAAAGUUUGCCGUGCGGUACGGUCUCAGCGGGAGGGCCUGGAACCUCGUCACCGACAACAAGGUGGCGUUUUCGAACCAGAAGAACUUUGGGAAGGAGGCGUCGCAGGCGGCGUGGGCGCACGAGCAGCGCACGCUGCACGGGCUGGAGUCGGCGGGGCGGGAGAAGGCGGCGUCCAUGGAGCUGGGCCACAUGGCGGAGGAGACCAAGCGGCGCGCGGAGAUCACGAGGCUGAGGGCGGUGCACACUCUCAAGGGGAAGGUGGAGAACGCCGCCAUGCUCAAGGGCAUCGACCUGGACGACAUCAACAACCAGCAUUACACCGUGUGAUUGGUUGAUUCGGCUGCCCCCACCCCCUCCAUUGCUGCGUUGCUGUAUGUUUAGUGCUGCGCCGUACCGUACUUUCAAGCAUUGAUUUGUGAUAAAUAAAGCCUGGUGGAUUUAUUCGCAGUAAUUAAUUAAAUGGAUGAAUUAGCAGCAGCUCACUCGUUUUGUGCUGGAAGAAUGUCCAUCCAGAUAUAUAGUCAAGUUUUCUCUCUUUUGGGGCCUAAAAAUAUCUCUAUAAUAUACUAGUACUCCCUAGUUACAAAAUACUUCCUCUUUCAGGAAAUACUUGUCAGUGAAGUAGAUGUAUCAAGACAUAUUACUAAGUAUCUUAAAGAGAUAUAGCAGCAUCUGC